GGCGCAGAGAGUGAGAGAGAAAGACACCCAUUUACAGCUUAACUGCCUUGUUCAGUCCGUCAGACUCUCACUGCCACCUCUAUCUUAUCCUCUGCCUCUCUUUCUCUCUGUAGUCUCUUUAAAACUUUUUCUCACACACUUAUUCGGCUCAGCUUAUUCACUGGCACGGGUCAGGCAGCCUCACAUUUCACCUUGCUCUGCCCCUGGCUUAGAAGAGAGAUCCCUGCAAGGUGCUGCCAUCACACAGGACACAGGCUAACUUAGCUCAUUCAGGUUGGACUGAGGGACCUGGACAUACCAGGACAAUCUAACAACAUCAAGAAUUUUCUUCGGGAUGGAACUGCAUCAUUUCCAUUCAUCGUUUUGAAGAGCAAGACUAGCAGCUGGUUACAAGACCAAAGAGAAACACUUGAAAUUGAAGUUGGUCACUUUGUUUUUCAAGGAUUUUUAACCUUAUAUUCCAAUGCUCCUGCUAACGGGAUCUGCGUGAGGCAGAGAGCCCUGUGAACACCAGCAUCAUGCCAACUGCUUGUGCAAGGUGCACCUUGGGAGUCUGACCCAUCAUGUGCAAAUGGACACCUACUACCGCUGGUCUCCACUUCGCUGGCUCAGCCCCCCCUUCUUAUCCUGCUACCCUGGUAUGCCUGUCCCUGCUCUUUCUGGCUUGCUCUGCUCUUGGAGGUUGCCCACCUGCACUGGGGCAUGACCCCCUUCAGGCACUGGCACAAGGGACAAACUGCUCAUGGACUCUGGAGCGGCACACACGCAGCUAUAACCACCUCGAGGGUGACGUCCGCCUGCGACGCCUCUAUUCUGCCAAUAAGUUCUUUCUCUGCAUUGACAAGACGGGCAAGGUUGAUGGCACACGUCGGAAAAAUUAUGCUGACAGUCUGAUGGAAAUCCGAUCUGUCAGUGUAGGAGUUGUUGCCAUCAAAUCUGUCAGCACCGGCCUGUACUUAGCUAUGUCCAAAAAGGGAACGCUCUUUGGAUCGGCCAGAUACAACCCCAGCUGCAAGUUCAAAGAGCGGAUUGAAGAGAACGGCUAUAACACUUACGCUUCUCUGCGCUGGAAACACAGGGGGAGGCAGAUGUUCGUGUCGCUGAACGGCCGAGGAAAACCCCGCAGAGGUCACAAAGCUAGACGGAGACACCCAUCCACUCAUUUCCUCCCAAUGCUGCCCACAUAGCCGGACACUUCAUCAUGAGCGACGCUAUGCCAUCAGCAUUUGAUGGGGACUUAUUAAAUGUUAUUACGUUCUGCUCUGUCUGUUGUUUUUUCCUGAGUACUGUCACACAGUCAGGGGCGUAGCAACCAGGGGGAUCGGGGGGAUAUGUACUUCUCACUUUUAGAAACAGACCAUUUAGAAACAGAUGAUUAAUAGAUAUAUGAACGUAUGAUCUCAUACACCCCCCCCCACACUUUUAAAAUGUCCACUACGCCCCUGCACACAGUACAUUAACUUAUUACUCUGUCUUCAGGCUCAUCCCGCGACCCAGUAAAGACUUAAGCAAGGCUGUUAUUAUGAUGUGUACACGGGUUGUGUAUUAAUGUUAUUGUUGAAUUAACAAGGCCUUUACCGCAUCUGUCUUGUACUCUUGUUAUGGCGCAUUUCUGACUCACAUCACCAACCCAGUCUCAUGUCAAUAGUUUUGC